GUGAUCUCUCUCGUCGCCGUUGCACCAGCGCAGAAUGCAGCUGACCCAGAAUUCCUUGGAAACAUACGGCUUCCCCCAAGGUUUCUUCGUGAUCAAAUCCCUUGCCAGUGGCCGGCUCCUCGAUGUCGAAGCCAGUACGUCGGAUGAUAGCACGGAAGUGAUCCUUUAUCCAGAGCAAGAGACGUCACUAGUAGACAGCUUGCGAGAUCCUCUACAUGAUAACCAGGUAUUUGGCAUCGAUCCAAGUGGUGCGCUCUUCUCAAGAUCAUCGGGCCAUGCCCUUGAUGUUGAAGAUGGCCGUUUGGUGCUCCGCCACAGACGACCUAUCACACAUCCAUUCCCUAAUGCAUACUCUCAUCCUCUGCCACAAUUCAUCUACUCACCGGAGAACAAGGAAAUAUCUGUCACAUUUGACACGGACCCUGCUUACCCUCCCCCGAAUGCUUCCCAAAACCGCGCAAGUGUUGCGGAAGCUUGGCGUUACAAGCGUUACCUCCUUAGCUCGAUUCCAAUGCGGAAACCCAAGACUCUCAUGGAUAACGCUUCGGCCUUUCUGACCUCUGCUAUCAGUACUCCUUUGUCUUUCUUGUCGGGCAACAGAAACAUCGAGUCAUCCCCGGAUGAGAUCUUCGGUACUGGACUUGAUCUCCGUGAAGAUGAAAUCCUGGAGCAAGACCGUGGAGAAGAGGGGGAAGUUGAUGACUCCCCGGAUCCUUUAAGGAGGGUACGCGUGCUCGGUGUGACGGACGCUACUGAUAGUGGUCUGGGGAUGAAGGCCAUGUUACGCCGGAAAUGGGAGGUGAUACCUCUGCGCGAGGCACGCAAGAAGGUAGUGACGCCCCGUAGAGCUUCUGCAGGUGUCACUGCGUGAGUUGCCUUGUACAAGAGCAAUGUUUCACCCAUAUGUCCUGUCUCGCGAGCUUGUACUGAAUAGUCAAGGCGCCACGUAACUUCCGUCUCCAGCAUCUAUAUGUAUGUAUCUCGCAAUGUACAGAAACGCUUAGUGGUCCCACGCGGAUGACGACGCGUUCAUCUGCCUCUGCCG